AUGCUUAGAUUACCUAAAGAAGGAUUAACUAGAUAUGAUCAAGUUCAAGAUGAAGAAAACUACCUGGAAAGUUUAGCAGUACAAAGAAAUGUUUCUGCCUUUUUUGAAAAAUACGAUCGGAGCGAAGUACAAGAGUUGCUUACCACUACCAUAGUAAGCUGGUUGUCUGCCAAAGAUGAUAUUCACUCGAAAGUAGAUAUACCAUGUGGUAUUAUGGGUCAGAUAAAUAAUGUAAGUUUCUCUACUGCAAUCCUGCUGACUCCAGUGGACCCCACCGCCCUCUUAGACUACCGAGAAGUCCAUCAGAUCAUAAGAGAGCUGUCUAUUGGGAUUUAUUGCUUAAAUCAAAUUCCUUCAAUCAGUUUAGAAGCUAAUUAUGAUCAGAGUUCGUCAUGUCAGUUACCUCCAGCUUAUUAUGAUACUAGAAUUGGGCAAAUUCUGAUCAAUAUUGACUACAUGCUGAAAGCACUGUGGCAUGGAAUAUACAUGCCCAAAGAAAAACGAGCCAGAUUCACUGAACUAUGGCGAACUAUUCUGGAUGUUGAUCCAGAUGGGAAGCCUCAAACAAAUAAAGAUAUUUUUGCAGAAUUUAGCUCAGCAGGUUUGAUUGAUAUUACAAAGGAUCCUGACUUUGAAGGAAUUUAUGAUGAAGUCAUCAAUGGAGAUCCAACAUACGAUCCCAAUAGCCCUGAAGAAAAAUCUACAUUUAUGAAAUAUUCUGAAAAUACUCUAUUAAAAUUGACAUUUAGUACCACACAAGUUCAACAGUGUGAAAAUGUCUUUAUAUUUGAAACAGCCUAUUGGCUUACUAAUGCUAUAAAAUAUAAUCAAGAUUAUCUUGAUAUUUGUACCUACCAGAGAUUACAGCAAAGAUUAUAUCUUCAAAAAAAGAUUAUUCAGAAACAUUUAGAAAAGAAAAAAGAUAUCAGAAGAGAGAUGGGAUACCUAAAGUUAAUAUGUUUUCUGACUCCAUUUUUACUGAGUUUAAAAAAGAAAAUGAAAAUUCCCUAUUUAAGUUCUUUGCUUAAUCCUUUUUCAGAUGACAAAGUCAAGACAGAGAGAGAAUUACCUCCAUUUAUUUAUGGAAGAGAUUUUAAAUGUCAGCAUUUCCACUACAAAGAAAAUAAAUAUUUUCAUAUUCAUGGAGGAAUUGAGUUUGAUAUCAGCACCCCUCCAAUUGAGAGUGCUUUGGAAGAUUUUCAGAAAAAUUUAGAAAAAAUACAAAAAUGUGCUGCUAAUACUUUUAGUGAAGAUUCUGGAUACAAGGAAUAUUAUUCAAUACCGGUUAUGGAAUUUUAUGGGAAAAGCUAUUAUGUGAUCUAUUUUGAACUUGAAGCUUUCUGUCACCAACUUUAUAAAGCACAAUGGUGGGGAGCCAUAAACGAAACUAUAAAUGCUCUGAGAAUAAAAAGACUUCCACUGACAGAUGCACAAUUACACGAACAAUUUAAAAAGAAAUUUGGUUUCAAAAAAGCUAUGAAAUGCAAGAGUAUCCCAUUUGGUAUGAAGUCAGCUGUCGAAAGAGGCUUGUGUACUGUUUUCCAUACAUUUAGCCGUAAAACUUCAAGCUCAACCCUCAAUGUUUCAGAUGAAAGUGGUUAUACUAUUUUCCAUCAUGCUGCUCUCCACAACAGAGUUACUAUUAUAUGUCAGCUGUUUAAUGCUAACUUUAAUGUCAAUGACAGGCGUUUUAUUAAGUUUAACCAAGGCCCAACGCCUCUACACCUCGCUGCACAGGCUUGUUCACUGGAAGCAACCCUCUGUCUCCUGUGUUUCAAAGCAGAUUAUACACUUACUGAAAAAAGAGGUUGGAUGCCAAUUCAUUUUGCUGCUUUCUAUGAUAAUAUCUGCAUCAUAAUUGUUCUCUGUAGGAAAGAUCCUAGUUUACUAGAAGCUGAGGCAACAUCUGACAAUCAGUGUACUCCACUGUUACUUGCUGCCACUUCAGGAGCAUUGGACACUAUCCAGUACCUGUUUUCCUUUGGUGCUAACUGGAGAAAAACUGAUAUUAAAGGAAAUAAUAUAAUUCAUUUGUCAGUGUUAAGUUUUCACACAGAAGUUCUCAAGUAUUUAAUAGAAUUAAAUAUUCCUGAACUCCCAGUUUGGAAAACUUUAGUAGAAAUGUUGCAGUCUGAAAACUAUAAAAGAAAGAUGAUGGCUGUCAUGUCCCUUGAAGUAAUUUGCUUAGCAAAUGCUCGAUACUGGAAAUGUAUUUUGGAUGCAGGCACCAUUCCUGCCUUAAUCAAUCUCCUAAAAUGUUCCAAAAUAAAGUUACAAUGCAAAACAGUUGGGCUAUUGAGUAAUAUCACACCCCACAUGUCUGUAGCAAAUGCUGUGGUCGAAGCAGAGGGCAUCCCAGCUCUGAUCAACCUCCUAGCAUCCGAAGAACCUGAACUACACUCUCGUUGUGCUGUCAUUCUUUAUGAUAUUGCUCAACUUGGAAACAAGGAUGUUAUUGCCCAACAUAAUGGAAUCCUAGCUCUGGUAAAUCUCUUGAAAUCAGACAUAGAAAACGUACUAGUAAAUGUGAUGAAUUGUAUACGGGUUCUAUGCAUAGGAAAUGCAGACAAUCAAAAAGCAGUAAAAGACCACAACGGCAUCCAUUAUCUUAUCACCUUUCUGAGUUCUGAUUCAGAUGUGUUGAAGGCUGUGUCUUCUGCUACCAUUGCUGAAAUGGCCCGCAACAACACUGAGGUUCAGAAUGCUGUAGUUACAGAAGGAGGGAUUAGUCCUCUGGUGGCCCUAUUUAAAGGGAAACUCCUUAAUGUCCAAGUGAAAGGUGCAAUGGCUGUCGAAUCACUGGCAAGUUACAAUCCUUCUAUACAGAAGGCUUUUUUUGAAAACUCAAUAAUUCAAUAUCUUUUAAAGCUCCUAAAGGCAUUUAAAGUAGAUGUUAAGGAACAAGGAGCUGUGGCACUUUGGUCCUUGGCAGGACAGACGUUGAAACAACAGAAGUUCAUGGCAGAACAGAUUGGAUACAACUUUAUAAUAAAUAUGCUUUUGUCACCAUCAGCUAAAAUGCAAUAUGUCGGAGGUGAAGCAGUCAUAGCUCUAAGUAAGGACAGCAGAAUGCACCAAAAUCAAAUCUGUGAAGGGAAUGGAAUUGCACCUCUGGUUCGUUUACUGAGGAUUCCUAAACUAGCUGAAGGCACACUUCUGAGUGUCAUCAGAGCAGUGGGAUCCAUGUGCAUUGGUGUUGCCCACACGAGCAAUCCUAUUAGUCAACAGCAUGUUGCUGAGGAAAAUGCCUUUCCGGUUCUUAUUAAUUUACUAAGAAAUCACCCUUCUCCAAAUAUUAAGGUUGAAGUGGCAUUUUCACUGGCAUGCAUUGUCCUGAGAAAUAAUAUAUUACAGAAUCAAUUACAAGAAACUGAAGGCUUUAAGUAUGAUGAUGUUCUUUAUCUUCUCCACUCACCAGAUAAGGAUAUUCGUUUAAGAGCUGGUUAUGCAGUAACGCUUUUUGCCUUCAAUAAUCGCUUUCAACAAUACUUAAUAUUAGAGAAUGGAGAAAUUACAAUAUCUCUUUUUGAACCUUUUCUUGAAUCAACAAUUGAAACUGAGAAGGCAAUGGCAGCAUUUCAGAUUAUCAUAUUAGCUAAAGUUAUUGUAGAUGUGGAUCACAUUGUUUUGUGUGCAAGAGGUGUUACUAUUUUAGUUGAAAGUCUAUAUUCAAGCGAGGCCAACACUAUUAUCUUGGCAGGAAAUUUAAUAGCUAGCCUGGCUCAUUGUAGAGCUGGUAUUCCUGAAGCAUUUACCACCUUGGGUACAGUCCAGCGGCUAUGCUACCAUUUAUAUUCAGAGCAAGAGGAGGUCCGAACAGCUUGCUCUUGUGCUCUUGGUUACCUAACUUACAAUGCAAAUGCCUUCCGCAUCCUUUUACAGGAAUGUAGAAACAAGCCUAACCAAUUCAUUCGUAUUAAAAAUAACAUCAGCAAAGAUGCAAGUAUUAACCCUAGAUUUUUAAAGGAAUAUGAGAUACAGCAAAAAGUGGGACUUCCUUCAUUAAGUCUUGAGAAAAAUGGAGGACCAUCUAUAAUUCCUGUCUUUAAAAAAGGAAAAGAACAUCGAAGAAAAUCAAAACCUAAAAUUCAACCAAGAGAUUCUUUGACUUUAAUACCUCCUGCAACUAACUUCAUGGGACUUUUCAGAACAACAGAAACUGCCACUGUUUCUCAUAAUAUCUUUUCUUUUUCAUCUUCUUCUUCAUCAGAUAUUAUAAAAGUUUCAAGACCAAGAAUAGUGGUUUUGAGCCAACUUGGGAAACAUGUACAGAAAACCAAAACGGAGCUCCCAGAAAGUUUAUAA